AUGGCACUAGCAGUAUCUGAUUCGCACCAAUUUUGGGGGCGAGGCAGAAAGUUAUUCAACUGCAGCUACGCCUUUCCAGGAGAAAGGGGAAACAUAGAUCCACGCCUCACCCAACUGAAUGAUUCAAAGCCUUUACGACGUGAGAGUGAGAAUUGGUUUAGGAAUUAUAUGCCGCCAGUGUUAAUGGAUUGGAGAAUCGGAGGCGAGAGUUGCAGCCGCGCACAACAGAGUCGUUCAACUUACGUGUGUGCAGAUAAUAGCGAAUGUGUUGAUUUUGGUUCUGAUGCUCAUGGCUACAAUUGCCGCUGCUUUCAAGGAUUUCAAGGAAACCCUUACCUGCCCUACGGAUGUCAAGUACAAAUGCAUUGUUGCUUGGCGUUUGAGGUUCCUCUCCUCGUAUACGAGUAUGUGCCUAAUGGGACACUUUUUGAUCUCAUUCAUCAAUCACAACUUCCAAUCUCAUGGAACAUGCGCAUAAAAAUUGCGGCCGAUAUAGCAGGUGCAGUGGCUUACUUACAUUUUGCAUCAUCUGUCCCCAUCUAUCACAGAGACAUCAAGUCCACCAACAUCCUUAUGGAUGAAAAGUACGUUGUUAAAGUGUCGGAUUUCGGAACAUCCAAAUUUGUUGCAGUAGACCAAACUCACCUGACCACGCUGGUGAAAGGUACAUUCGGAUAUUUAGACCCAGAGUAUUUCCAGACGAGCCAAUAUACAGACAAGGGCGACGUUUAUAGCUUUGGAGUAAUUCUUGUCGAGCUUCUAACAGGACAACGGGCCAUAUCGUUAGAUGUAUCACAAGAAAGAAAUCUAUCAACACGAUUUCUUGCAUGUAUGGAAGCAAACAAUCUUGAUGCCAUAAUAGAUACCCAAGUUUCCAAGCAAGCUAAGAUAGAAGAGGUGAUUGAAUUUGCAAGGCUUGCAAAAAGGUGCUUGAACAUCACAGGGAGAAUGAGGCCAAACAUGAAGGAAGUAGCAAGAGAAUUGGAAAGUUUGUCUGUGUCUCAACUCUCUGCAAAUGUUACACAUGCAAUUGAAGAAGCAAACAUGUAUGAAGCGAAGUCAGUUUUGGUUCCAAACAUUGAUUACACUGGGACAAGUGGUGACAGUGUCGCCUCGACAUCAGAUGCACAUCCUCUAAUGUCUACAAAAUUUUGA